CCAGCGGUUCAGCACAUGUGUGGUCCUGAAUCCUCCUUCGAAAUCUCUCACAACACCAACCAAAUAAAAAGCCCAAAAGGACCCUCAAAAUUCCACCACCACAAACUCAUAUCCCUUCCCACCAAAAACCACCGCAACAAAGUCCAGAAGGAACUAAAGAAAGAAGAAAACCCACCACCGCUGCGGCCGCCGCCACCUCUGAUUAGUGAGGUCCUUUUUAGUGAAUCUUCAAUGGCGGCUUCGAUUUCUGUGAAUGGGUUCACAGGAGGUUGGUCCUCCGUCUACCGUGGAAGUCGGGGAACUUCCAUGUGGGGGGAGGACUACGCCACGUCGGCCCCAACCCAAGUCAGGGUUGGGAAGAAGCCGACGAGGCUAGUACCGAUGAUGAAGAACGUGAACGAAGGGAAAGGUGUUUUCGCGCCGAUCGUCGUCGUGACGCGUAAUCUCAUCGGGAGGAAGAGGUUCAAUCAGCUCAGAGGCAAAGCAAUUGCCCUGCACUCUCAGGUGAUUACUGAAUUCUGCAAAACAAUAGGAGCAGAUGCAAAGCAAAGACAAGGACUGAUUCGACUUGCCAAGAAGAACGGAGAGAGGCUCGGAUUCCUUGCUUGAUUCGAAAGCUCAUGAAAUUGUUCAUCUUUCUGUUGUCAAAAUCAGAAUUAAUUCUCUUGUAGCAUAUAGUUCCAGUGACUCCAGACACAUACUCUGUUACUUGGAAUGUAAACUAGAUUGAUCCCUA